ACAAUUUGAACUUGGGCUUUGGCGCUUAAAAUAUGGGCCGGCCCAUAUAUUCACCAUCUUCACAGCAACUACAGUCUAAAGCGAAGAAGUCGGAUAAUGGGAUAAGAAUAAGAUUGGUUGAAUGCAACUGCAGCAACUCUUACUCUAGUGACCAAAACUGCAAAUUCUGUAAUAUCUUUGCGCCAAUGGCUUCCACAAGUCUUUCAUGGACUUCAUCUUCAUGGCUCCAGAACCACAGCUUCUCCAAGAACAGCACCGCAGACGCCGCCAAAACUGUCGACGGAGCUUCGCUUCUCAGUGUUGUGGCUCAAAAGAAGGCCAAGAAAUUGCGCAAGGUUAUAUUGAAGGAGGACGUGACAGCAGUGGGGAAAAAGGGGCAGCUCAUGGAUGUGAAAGCGGGGUAUUUUAGGAAUUAUUUGCUGCCGCUGGGCAUGGCGCAGAUCGUCACGCCUCAACUUAUCAAAGAAAUGAAGAUGGAAGAUGAGAGGAUUGAGGCCGAGAAGAAAAGAGUUAAAGAUGAGGCACAACAGCUUGCCACGAUUUUUGAGACAGUUGGAGCUUUCAAGGUGAAGCGCAAGGGAGGGAAAGGAAAACAAAUUUUUGGCUCUGUCACUGCUCAAGAUCUUGUUGACAUAAUCAAGGCCCAACUUCAGAGGGACGUCGAUAAAAGAAUUGUCUCACUUCCAGAAAUCAGAGAAACUGGGGAAUACGUUGCAGAGCUAAAACUCCAUCCUGAUGUCACGGCUCGUGUAAGGGUGACUGUGUAUGCUAACUGAGGACAUUCUGGAGAUGCUCAUAAAGGCCAAGUUUCUGAACUUUGGUGAUUUUCUUGAGGUGUGUGGUUAAUUGGUCAUUGGAAUCAUUAUCUGAAACAAUAUAACUUUUUGUACUCAAAUCAAUCAGUAUGUUACAACUUAACUUUGCAACCAAGCAUAGUGCCCCUGCCUACUUCUGCACAAAUUCAUUUUGUGUAUGCAAGCCAGAAAAGAAAGCCUGGGAAAUGUAUUAUAUUACCUCUUAUGCACAUUUUGAUUUCCAUAUACUUUAUGAGUCUGAUUGAGCCCCACUGAUCAAUUUACACCUAGCCAUGAGACACACCUACUUCUAUUAUCUUAUUUCCACUUUCUAUGCACGGAUUGGAAUAAGUUUUGAGUUGGGCUGUCAAUUGGCUGAGCCAACUUGAAGAUUAAAUGCCCUUCUUACCUUCUCAUUUCAUUACCAUUCAUAGAAGAUGAAAAACUGAUGUAUUUUCUUGAUCUCAGUCGAACUAGAAGUCAAGAAUGUGAGUGGAAUAAUGGUGAACUAAGAAGAGUGUCUAGCUAUGCCAAGCCGUAGUACUCGCUUAAGAUUUCUGUUUCUUUUCCUUUUUAUGUAGGAUUCUUCAAGGUUCAAACAAUUGAAGGUUUCAUGUCUGUGAAGGGGCUCCAUAUCUGUUAUCCUAGGCCUUGGCUUCUUGUAUCAUAUCUAUUUCUUUUAAUAGUUUAUUUGUAUUCAUUCGCAAAUGGGGAUAUUGAAAUGUAGUUGCAUCUUCUAUGACAACAUGUUCCCACUAGAAACUUCCAUGAAAUGAAGCAUGAGUUUUAAAUUUAGGAAAA